CAGACAGUAAACAAACGUCAUUUAGCUCAGUACUUGCUCAGUGCCAAACGCCUUCAGAAUGUUCAAAUUGUUGGUCUUCGCCUGUUUACUGGCGAUGGUAGUAGCAGCUCCCAACCCUGCUCUAUUCUUCAGCUCUCCGUACACAGCCUAUGCCGCCCCAGUAGCUUACUCAGCAUACUCUACUCCAUUUGCAUACUCUGCAUACACCGCUCCAGUCACCUACUCCGCAUACACGGCACCUGUUUCCUACUCUGCAUAUAGUUAUGCUCUAUCAUCGCCGUAUACCGCAGUCUAUUAUAAAUAAACUUAUUUAGAAAUAUACAAAGAUUUAAGAACAAAAUAAAUUAUUGAUUAUGUUUUAAUACGA